AUCUCUCCUUCUUUUCCAUUCUAUCUCAGUCAAGAAGUGAGAACCCACGCCGCUGCCAUUCUCACGAAGCCGAGCCGCAACUAUCGCCUGUAGAGUCGCUUCGAGUGUAGCCAUUCAGUUGGUAAUUUCAAGAUUUUUCUCUCUCAAAAUCGUGGAAAUGGGAAAAGAGGAAACCCCACAAAUUGCAAGAAGAGCGACCAGACACUCUUCAGCUACUAUUUCAAAAAAUGAAGCUGACACUAAAGCAAGUGAUCAACCACUGCCACCCACUCUCAAUGACCUUUUCCAUGGUGAAGAAGAAAAGCCUAUUAGCCUUGAUGAUGUGGUGUCUAGUUUCCCUGGUAGACGUGUUCAGAUUAUAGAGCUUAUGCGCAUUUUGGGUCCUGUGAAUUCCCCCAUGGUUCCUCUUUUUGUCUAUGGAGAUAGUUCUACUGGAAAAACCAGCAUCACCCACCAGAUAUUUCGACAUCUUAAUCGUCCUUUUGUUUAUUCAAGCUGCCUUACCUGUUAUAGUCCAAGAAUCCUGUUUGAAUCUAUUCUGAAUCAAUUGUUCUUUCAUAGAAAGAAUGCUGCCAAUGGUUAUUCUAGCGCGAAGCGCUGUGAGAAGCCAUCUGAUUUCGUUAAUCUUCUUCGUGAAGCUCUGAUUAGUGUUACUAGUAGUCUCCAGGGGAACUCGGGAAAAUCAAGCUCCAAAAAAUUGGAUUGGCGGCCUAGUGGAAAUAUGAUCUACUUGAUAUUCGACAAUCUAGAGCUUGUUAGAGAGUGGGAUAAGAGUUCUACUAUCCUACCCUUUUUGUUUAAUCUCUAUGAUAUUCUGAAGAUGCCUGAAGUUGGUUUGAUCUUUAUUAGCAAUACUUCACCAGAUACUUAUUACACAAGUAUGGGAUACUUGGAUCCUGCCACUGUAUAUUUUCCUGAUUAUACAGAAGACGAUCUUCGCCAAAUUUUCUUGCUAAAACAAGAAAACAAGAAGCUUUAUUCCUCUUUUCUAGAUGUUGUACUGAAGUCUUUCUUUCGAAUUACCAGACGUGUAGAUGAAUUAUCUACAGCUUUUUCUCAAUUAUUUAAAAAAUACUGUGAGCCUUUAAGUGAUUUGGGCGUUGUUCCCAAUGAAGAAAUGAAAAGAAGGUUGUUUAGUAAUCUUCAACCACACAUUGCCCCUGCUAUGAAUGAGAUAUUUAAGGUUUCUUCUCAACCUUCUACUGAAGUUGGAGCUACCAGGGACACAAAGCUGAAAAGUAACACUAAGAAAUCAAGUCUUGAAGUUACUCAUCAGUUAGAUUUGCAUAUGUCCACUUCUGCCAAAUAUCUUCUUAUUUCAGCAUUCCUUGCUUCAAGAAACCCAGCUACGCUUGAUGCCUCCCUAUUUGAUUCUACCGGGGGUUCAGAUAUUCGGAAACGAAAGAGGAAACCAUCAGAAAAAUCAUUGGAUCUGAAGGAAAGUGCAGAACAGGAGUUACUGAUGAAAGGACCUGGAACGUUUCCAUUAGAGAGACUAUUAGCAAUAUUUCAGUGUAUUACAUCUGUAGCAGAAGGUUCACUUGAAGAGGAAGAACAAGAAAAUGAUGGACUAGGAGUUCAAACUGGAGAUGAUAGCCUCAUGUUUGAUGUCCUUUUGCAGCUAUCCAGUCUAUGCAACGCCAAUUUUAUUGUCAAAGGAGGAAGUUGUCCACUAGAGGGCUCAACUCGAUAUCGAUCUACGGUAUCUGAAGAUAUGGUCUUGAAGGUGGCAAGGAGCGUCAAGUUCCCCCUGUCGAAGUAUUUAUACAGAAGAUAGUCUUUGGUGUUGUAAGGUGACCAUACCCGGCCGAUGACUCUGUGGUGGUGAGAUAACAGUAUCAUUUUAUGAGGUUUUCAGACAUUCAAGAAGUGAGAAAAAGGGUGGCCUUGUAUUAAUGCUAUUAAUGGAGGUGGAUACGAUGAGAUGGCAGAUGGGUAAUUUUGAUGCACUGCUUUAAUGGAUACGAGUGAGACUGGUGAUUUUGUUGUUGUACAAUAUAUAUUUUUUUCUUCAAAAGUUUUAUUAGUUGUAACAUGGUAUUGGGGUAUUGAGUAUCUGGUUUAGUUUGCCCAUAGAAAUAUGUAGUGGGUCACAGAUAUAUUACAAGGUAUGAAUGGACACAUGUAUAUUUGAUAUUUCCUUGUCAUAUAUCACAUGCACUGAUGUACAAGUUAUAAUAUAUGGACUAAUUAAUAACAUUUACUUUUUAUAAAUGCUUAUUUGCUGCAAAA